AUGCGUAACAGGGCAGCGACAAGGCUAUCGGUCAAGAAAAAUGAGACACCAAAAAUAAGACAGUCUUGGAGCAAAUACAAUCUUUUCAACCUAACGCGGCUACGAGCAGAUCCUUACAAAGGGCUCAACUUUUUCAAGACAAAAUGGAAGUCAAAGUCACUAUCGCGGAGCUACCAUGGCGAACAAAUUCGAGAGAAGCAGUGGGUGCGCAUGUUCGAUAGACGGAUUCGCUCAGUUAUACCAAUGAACCCCCGAUACCUUGCCUCCAACGAUGGGUCGCGUGAGUCUGCUGGGCGAGGUUCGGGACUCGUCGGUCAUAAUGAUCGACCCUCGAGAUCGGGGAAGAAGAAAGAGGUGCCAUACAUGCAAAUGACCUAUGCUCCUAUGGAAAGACGACUAGACACUGCCAUCUUUCGGGCACUUUUCGCAAGCAGUGCUCGACAGGCAAGACAAUUUGUUGUACACGGAGCCGUCAAGGUCAACGGGAAGCAGAUGCGCUAUCCCGGCUACCUUUUGAAUCCUGGGGACAUGUUCCAGGUGUUGCCGGAACGUGUCAUGUUCGCCACAGGUGCGCCCAAAAUUAACGAACAAGCGAAACCCGAAGACCAACAGGGCGCAGAUGAAGAGGUGGUAGAGGAAGCUGGAACGAUCGAAAAGGCGGCAGAAGCUGAAGAGGUUGAGGCUGAGCAGGAUCCCCGCGAAAUUCUGAAAGCACUCAAAUCGCAGGCACGAGCUCUUCUCGCGUCUUCCAAGCAAGAUCUGGGAGCGAAGCGAAAGCAAGACCUACGCGCUUUUUCCAAGUCCAUCCAACGUCUCCUGUCCAAGAGCAAAUCCACCUCGAUCGAGACGGAUAGUGCAGAGGCACAGCUUGCGGAGAUCCAGCGGCAACUCCAGGUCAGAAGAGACAGCAAAGCGGCAGAAACGUCGUCAGAACCGGCCGUGCAAGAUAACGAGGAGUCUACUUCCGGCUCCGUUGAGAGCGCAGAGACACAAGCGCAAGUGAACGCCGAACAACCCCAUUUGGAUGACGAAGAAUACAAUGAGCUCCUUUCGGCUCUAAGAUCUAUGCAAGAGAACCCUAUCGACGACUCUAAACCUUAUGCCACUCCGUGGAUGCCCCGGGAUUAUAUGAGCGUGUUCGCUUUCGUCCCACGCUUUCUGGAAGUAAAUCACAAGAUAUGUGCUGCGGUGUAUCUGAGGCACCCGGUCGCACGACCAGGCCUGGCCGAGGUACCGACACCUUUUUCAGAAUACAUCAACAGCUCGGCUUUCACAUGGUACCUCAGGAGGAGGUGA